CUCGUGUCACGACGGGCAUUCGGAAGCUCUCCUUUGUCUCAUUGCGAGUACGGCAUCAUAAAGAGUUGCGUUCCCUCGUCGGGGGACAUGUACCGCCAACAUAAUUUUUGCGCCGUCUGCCGUCGCAAUAGCGCCCUCUCAUGGUUUUAUCAGCAAUCGUCCAAGCGAUGAGCGAAUCGCUGGAAACGAGCAUUCGACUUCCAAUCUGAGUUGGCCAGUAGUCUUACUUCAUACCAUUCAGCUAUUGACGCGCACCAGCCCAGCCUUAGCUCCGGCGGUCGGUGUCGGGUCAGUCAUCGUGAUAUGAAGCCAGCGCCGUUGCUUUCGCUACAACGAGCCGCAAGCAGGCAUGGACGAUUCUGCACCCCUGGUGGUUGGACAGGCACCGGCGGCGGCGGCGGAGCGGGUGAGCGCAAAGGGUUCGCGAUCUCGAACUCCGGACCCGAUCGUGGAUGGCGCUCCCGUCUUUCCCCUUCUACAAAACAAUCAGGCUGCGAGUCCACCAUCAGCGCCUGCAGCAGCCCCUCGGAUUGGAGGCGCCGAAGAGGACAACGACGGCGAACCCGCUGUUGCCAUGCCCUUUGCCCGCACAUCUAGCCCUGACUCAGCCUCGCGGAUGCCCUCGGCUUCCGCCGCCCGCGACGAGGACCAGCUCUCGGAUCGCCUCGUCUACAAGAUGCACAAGUUCAGUCUCUACGAGACGGCGAGCCGCUACUACGUGGUUGGGGUCGACGUGAGCGAAAAAAAGUACAGGAUCCUCAAGAUUGACCGCACAACCGAGGGCGCAGAGCUCAACAUCACGGACGACAAGAUUGUCUACUCGCUCAAGGAGAUGAACCUGCUUCUUGACACCAUAGAUGACGGCAAUCGCGGCACCGGAGGCAUCAGGCUUCGCUGCACCACCUGGGGCCUCCUCGGCUUCAUCAAAUUCACCGGCCCAUACUACAUGCUUCUCAUUACCAAGAAGAGCACCGUGGCCAUGAUCGGAGGCCACUACAUUUACCAGAUCGAAGGCACAGAGCUGAUUCCACUCAUCCCUAGUCGCUCCAAGCCUGACCCUCGAAACACCGAGGAACAACGAUUCUUGGGGAUUCUCAACAACCUUGAUCUCACCAAGUCAUUUUACUACAGCUACUCCUACGAUGUCACCCGUACCCUCCAAUACAACGUCACGAGGGAGCGGACUGCCCUCGCAAAAGGGGUCCUACCUCCUUCAGAUCAAGACUUCAACUCCAUGUUUGUUUGGAAUGAGUACCUUCUGCAGCCAGCCGUGACAUCGCUACGAGACCCGUACGACUGGUGCCGCCCCAUAAUCCAUGGCUACAUCGAUCAAGCAGCUCUCUCCAUAUACGGACGUACGGCGCAUAUCACCGUGAUUGCCCGCCGCUCACGUUAUUUUGCUGGGGCGCGAUUCCUGAAGCGCGGCGCAAACGAUCUGGGAUAUGUCGCAAACGAUGUCGAGACGGAGCAGAUCGUGGCCGAGUCCCUGACCACCUCGUUCCACGCUCCGGGACCCCGACUCUAUUGCAGCCCGCAAUACACAUCUUACGUGCAACAUCGCGGAAGUAUCCCUCUGUACUGGACGCAGGACAGCACGGGAGUCACGCCGAAACCGCCCAUUGAGCUUAACCUUGUAGACCCUUUUUACGGCGCUGCCGCCCUGCACUUCGACAAUCUGUUUGAGCGCUACGGGGCGCCUAUAUACGUGGUCAAUCUGAUCAAAGCCAAAGAAAGGCAGCCCAGAGAAUCGAAGCUCCUAGAAGAGUACACGCAUGCAAUCGACUACCUCAAUCAGUUCUUGCCCAAAGGGGAAAAAAUCAUCCACAAGGCCUGGGACAUGAGUAGGGCGUCCAAGGUCCGCGGUGGCGAUGUCAUUGGCAAUUUGGAGCUUAUUGCUGAGUCGGUUCUGAGUACGACUGGCUUCUUCCAAAAUGGCGACGGCCGGACGAGCGCCAUGACGGUUCAGAAUGGUAUAGCCCGCACCAAUUGCAUCGACUGCCUGGAUCGGACCAACGCGGCGCAAUUCGUAAUAGGCAAACGCGCUCUCGGCCACCAACUCCACGCCCUCGGCAUUAUUGAGGACACCACCGUCGAGUACGAUACGGACGCCGUAAACCUCUUCACGCACAUGUGGCACGACCAUGGAGACACUAUUGCGGUUCAGUACGGUGGCUCUCAGCUGGUAAACACCAUGGAGACAUACCGCAAGAUCAAUCAGUGGACAAGCCACUCCCGAGACAUGAUCGAGAGCUUCAAGAGGUACUACAACAACUCCUUCCUGGACAGCCAGCGGCAGGAAGCGUACAAUCUCUUUCUGGGCAACUACAUCUUCACUCAAGGGCAGCCCAUGCUCUGGGACCUUGCUACAGACUAUUACCUGCACCACGCCGACCCCAAAGACUGGUCUGCCGCGAAGCAAUUCAAGUACAUAAACUGGUAUACCUUGGCACAUCUCCGCGACAGGCCCGUUCCCCCACGCUUACCCUUGCGCGGUCCGGUCGCCUCUCACCCAGUGGAGUUUUUCGACGACUAUUGGCUCGAGUAUUACCGUCCGGCGACUUUGUCUUCGUUCCCUAAAAUGUUCGCUUACAAGAUGAACUCAACAAUCAAGUACAUUCCGCUCAAGUCAACGCAGGACGGCCGCUACGACCUCAGCCCUUUCCGCGUGCGCACUGACGGGGACACCGAGGCCGACAAGAAGAAGACGAAGCGAGACCCAUCCUACAGCAGCCCAUCAGGCUCACCGCAGCUGCCCGCGCGCGAUGACGAUUCUGCCUCCAUCGCUUCGGGACGAACAACAGCCAAGUCUAUGUCACUGCAGCGUUGGCUGCAGCCACUGCAUGAUAGAGACCAAGCCGUUAUGCCGGGUGCAGGGACCAUGGUGGCUACCACUGGCCUCAGUUUGUCUCUAGAACGCAACAAGACCAAACCAACUGCUCUUGAAAAGUCCAAGGCCGCACAGUGGACUUUCACCACGGCAGUCCGCGACUCUCUCAACCCGUUUGUGAGAGAGCAGGAAGCUGAAGACUAUGAGCGAUAUAUAUGCCAUCCACAGAAUUUGCCUCUCGUGGUUUCUACCGAUGCUCCCAUCGACAUGGAUUCAUCGGAAUACCAAGAGUACGUCAACGGCAGUUGGCGCGACCACGGGCUCAUGGUGGCCGGCAUUGAAGAAGAAGUGGAUGUAUAUGCGGAGCUGCUCAGAGUCGGCGAGAACCCUCUCACUGUGACAGAGGAAGACGGUGCCAAGAAACGAUACAAGGCGUAUCGUAAAUGGCUUCGCGGAAAGUCUUUCUUCAAACAACAGCCGCUCGAUUAAGUCUUACCUCAACCUGGGAGUGUUGCGGCCUGUUCUCGCCUCCCAUCGCCAUGUUGCAUGCCGCUCGCAUCCUCUGCAAAGAGUGCAGUGAGCCGAGGCUCCUUUUUCAUUGCUUCGGAUAUCUUUUGCCCCAUUCCGGGCUUUUGCUCCCCCCAGGCAGCCAUGAGCAACCUCGCCAGGUUGCGAAGCCGAUCUUGGAGAAGCUGCCUGUCACCUGCCGACAUGAGCUCGUUCUCGUGCUGCUCUUGAUCCUGCAAGUUUAACCAACACACUGCUGCGGCACGAAUUACGCGCGGUCCAUGUGCCUGCCCAGACAUCCUCGGCCAACAAUGCCACAUAAUAGAGCAUAACAGGUUGAUCGCGGCUUCGAUUGCGGGAGGAUAGGCCACUGCGAAUGGAUCGGUCAUUGUUGACUCAGCCAUAUCAAGCAGACCCUUUUGGACCCAAAGAGUCAGUCUCUGGGGAGCAGGUGGUUCUGCAGGUGAAUAAUUACCUGAAGAUGUCGUACAGAGGAGAGACCUAAGCAAGACACGACGCUGGCGGCACUGUGCAACAAAAUCUCAACGAUGGUGGCGUACUCGACGGCAUGAUAGUAGCCUUGCAAAAUUCCGUCUCUCAAAACUUUGUCCAAGACAUUCUUCUUAAAGCGGUGAUUGGGAUCUGGAUCUGCUUCGGCCAGCUGCAGGAACACUGGGUAUGCGGCGCGGAGCAGCAUAGCGGAUUGACGCUCGGGUGUCACGCUCGGGAGGGACAGGAGAGUCGGAAAGAUGGCAUCCUGCAGGAGAUCCCCAACUCCGCUUUUCUUGAGGAUCCUGGCCGACAGUUUAUGCAGAAAGAUGGACACAAAACGGAGACCCUUUUCCCGCACCAUGGCGUCAUAGUCUGUCGUAAAGGCGAGAAGAGCGGGCAAGAAGAGUGGCCACUUCUCAUCAACUAGAGUGUUCUGUUGACACCUGACGUUAGCUAUGGCUUUCGCCUCCGUGCCCCUGCCCGAUGGCAGUCAUCACGAUGUGGCAGAGGGAAGUAAAUCGACCAACAUUUGCCUUCUCUACUGCCCAGCCGAAGAUGGUCAUCACUGGGGGUUCGCAACGCUUCCAUGGUGCAUCCGGCAGGGCGUUUCGAGAGACGCCGGUGUUUUGAUGAAACUGAACUGGUCUCCCUGAGCCAGUGAGCCUGCUGCACGUUGUCGAUGAGAUCAUUGGGCGAAUGUAGCCUUGAAGAAGGGGUCCGCUGAUGAAAUUAUCCAGUCUCAUUGGGUCUAGCUGUGACUGGAUGAGUUCAGCCGCAAGACGAGCUCCCCCCUCGGUGGUCCAGGGUGCACUGUCUUCCGUAUAUGCUAUGACAGUCAGUAGUGUAGAGUCAUCCAGGGCGGGCGAGAGCAGGGCCAGGCAAGCCAGGGCGAGUUCUGCCGCAGGGCCUCGAGAGGCCAGAUCUGGAGUGAGCAAGGCGUGAGUGGCAUAUCUGGGCAAGGCUCUCUUAUCUUUUGUUUAUCCGUCACAUACCUGUUGUCUGAUCAAGAGGGAGAAGUGCGGUAGUGAUUACGUGACAGAGCUCUUCUGUAUUGAUCGUGCCACUUCUGCCACUGAGCGGCAUGUUGGAUAGGC